UCUCAAGCUAUUGUAGACACCAAGCGAACCCAAAUCAAUUCGACUUACUACUACUACUUCGAUCUCAGUUUCGUACCUCUAGAAAAAAUCAAUGGCGCCCAAGGCAGCAGAGAAGAAGCCCGCGGAGAAGAAGCCUGCCGAGAAAGCACCGGCGGAGAAGAAGCCAAAGGCCGGGAAGAAGCUCCCGAAGGAUCCCUCCGCCGUCGCCGGAGACAAGAAGAAGAAGCGGUCCAAGAAGAGCGUCGAGACCUACAAGAUCUACAUCUUCAAGGUGCUGAAGCAGGUGCACCCCGACAUCGGGAUCUCGAGCAAAGCCAUGGGGAUCAUGAACAGCUUCAUCAACGACAUCUUCGAGAAGCUUGCCGGCGAGUCUUCCAAGCUCGCGAGGUACAACAAGAAGCCGACGAUUACUUCCAGGGAGAUUCAGACUGCGGUGAGACUCGUCUUGCCUGGAGAGCUGGCGAAACACGCUGUUUCCGAAGGGACCAAGGCGGUGACUAAGUUCACGAGCUCCUGAACUGUCUGGAAUGUCUGUCUGAAUUAGAGUUUCUUUGUAGAAUGUCCUUUCUCUUGUGUUUUGCAAUCUCAUGUUUUGUAAAGUACUGCGAAUUGGUAUGUUUGGAAUCUAAUGUCGUGUCUUUGUAUCUUUAGUGCGUUGAGAUUGUGAGAUCUGCUAAUGAAGUUUAAAUUCGCUA